AUGCCUCCCACGCGCGGGCCCCACUCGCUUUCAUUGUACUGUACGUUGAAGCCUUCAGGCCCAUUUACAGCUUGCAGAAGCGUUGGAUGGAUGGCGCGUGAGAUGCCGCGCGUGGUAGAAGCGCGAGCUAUUUUUGGCGGGCCGCAUGUUGCGGUUCAGCAUCCGGUUUGUCUAGGAGUUAGCCAAGGCUUUCUCCUCGCCUCCUCGCACUUUAUACAGGAAAAGAUGAGAGAAAUCCUUCACGUUCAGGGAGGACAAUGUGGUAACCAAAUUGGAUCCAAAUUCUGGGAAGUCGUCUGUGAUGAACACGGUAUAGACCCAACGGGACGAUAUGUGGGGACAUCUGAUCUGCAACUGGAGCGUGUUAAUGUCUACUACAAUGAAGCAUCGUGUGGUAGGUUUGUGCCUCGUGCUGUGCUCAUGGACCUUGAGCCUGGGACCAUGGACAGUGUUCGAACUGGCCCAUAUGGGCAGAUUUUCAGGCCCGACAACUUUGUUUUCGGACAGUCCGGUGCUGGGAACAACUGGGCCAAGGGACACUACACCGAGGGUGCCGAGCUGAUCGAUUCUGUUCUUGAUGUCGUCAGGAAGGAAGCGGAGAAUUGUGACUGCCUUCAGGGUUUCCAAGUCUGCCACUCACUUGGUGGGGGUACUGGUUCGGGUAUGGGUACCUUAUUGAUCUCGAAGAUCAGGGAAGAAUACCCUGAUCGGAUGAUGCUGACGUUCUCUGUUUUCCCCUCUCCUAAGGUCUCGGAUACUGUGGUCGAGCCUUACAAUGCUACUCUUUCCGUGCAUCAGCUUGUUGAAAAUGCUGAUGAAUGCAUGGUGCUCGAUAAUGAGGCUCUGUAUGAUAUUUGCUUCAGGACACUCAAGCUUACCACACCUAGCUUCGGCGAUCUCAACCACCUCAUCUCCGCCACCAUGAGCGGCGUCACUUGCUGCCUCCGCUUCCCUGGCCAACUCAACUCUGACCUCCGCAAACUCGCCGUUAACCUCAUCCCCUUUCCUCGACUCCACUUUUUCAUGGUUGGUUUUGCCCCUCUCACCUCUCGCGGGUCCCAGCAGUACCGAGCCCUCACUGUUCCCGAGCUCACCCAACAAAUGUGGGACGCCAAGAACAUGAUGUGUGCGGCCGACCCGCGCCACGGCCGCUACCUUACGGCCUCCGCCAUGUUCCGAGGCAAGAUGAGCACGAAAGAAGUUGACGAGCAGAUGAUCAACGUACAGAACAAGAACUCGUCUUACUUUGUUGAGUGGAUUCCCAACAACGUGAAGUCGAGCGUUUGCGACAUCCCGCCGAGGGGACUCUCCAUGGCCUCGACUUUCAUCGGUAACUCGACUUCCAUCCAAGAGAUGUUCCGCAGAGUAAGCGAACAAUUCACUGCCAUGUUCAGGCGAAAGGCUUUCUUGCACUGGUACACGGGCGAAGGCAUGGACGAGAUGGAGUUCACGGAGGCUGAGAGCAACAUGAAUGAUCUUGUGUCCGAGUAUCAGCAGUACCAGGACGCCACGGCCGAUGAUGAUGUGGAGUACGAGGACGAGGAGGAGGAAGAUGAGGAGCAGAUUUGA